AGUGCUAAUCCCGCCACCAACAAACCUAUAAAUUAAAGCAACGUACCAGUGGCAAGAAUCAUAAUAGGGUUGUUAUCUGGAGCACACUACUGUCCAGCUCUUCAAGAUGAGGGCUUUGGAAACUGUCGCCGCUUGCGUUCUGCUGCUGCAAGCGACUGCAGUGUGCAAGUACCUUGAAGUUGUGCAGAUAGAAGAUAAAAAUUACUGGUACGAAUUGGGAAAAAGCCGUCUUCAAGAUCAAUUGAAAAAGACGAUGAACCUCAAUCGAGCUAAAAACGCAAUUUUCUUUGUUGGUGAUGGAAUGGGCCUAACAACGGUGACUGCAUCAAGAAUUUACAAAGGGCAACUUAACGGUGAAACAGGAGAGGAAAACUACCAUGCAUUUGACCUUUUCCCUGACAUAGGAUUGGUGAAGACUUACAACACUGACAAGCAAGUUCCUGAUUCGGCAGGAACCGCGACAGCUAUGUUUUGUGGCGUAAAAACUAAGUAUUACACUGCCGGCAUUGACUCCACUCUACCCACGGGGGAAUGUGACCCUGAGCUUUACGAAGCAGCCAAAGUCGACUCUUUGCUUAAGUGGGCUCAAGACGCUGGAAAGCGAACUGGAUUAGUAACAACGACCCGAAUCACCCACGCAACCCCAUCAGCGGCGUACGCGCACAUCGCAGAAAGAAACUGGGAGUGUGAUGGCAAGAUACCACCUGAAUACCAAGGGUGCAUGAAAGACAUCGCUAGGCAGCUUGUUGAGGAAUCGCCAGGCAAAGAUAUCAAUGUUGUUUUCGGAGGUGGUCAGCAGCAAUUGGGAUUCGCAAUAGGCGAUGAUGAUUCCUGCGAGAGGACUGAUGGCCUUAACUUAACUGAAAUUUGGGAGAAUGAUCGCAAAGCGGAGGGAGUCAGUCACCGAUUUGUCAUCAACAGAGGUCAAAUGGAGGAGCUUUCAACGGAGGAUAAAGUCCUUGGAUUGUUCGGGUUUGGUCACAUGGCGUAUGAUCUUGAGAGAGAUACCGGAGCAGACGGGCCACCAUCAAUCGUGAACAUGACGGUCAAAGCCAUUCAAAUGCUCCAAAGGGGAGAGAACGGAUUCAUGCUGAUAGUCGAGGGCGGAAGGAUUGACCAUGCCCAUCACGACAACUUCGCGAAACUUGCUCUGUCUGAGGCGGUAAGGUUUGAAGAGGCCAUAUCUGCGGCUCUGGCAAUGACCUCCAGGGAUGACACCCUCAUAGUCGUAACUGCUGAUCACUCGCAUUCACUCACAAUGAAUGGUUAUCCAAAAAGAGGAAAUGAUAUUCUUGGUUUUGCUCACGAUGAGCUUGACAAGCCUAUCUAUGAGACCCUGACAUACGCGAACGGUCCAGGAUACAACGUGCACCGCAAAAACGGCAGCAUCGACUCAGAUGAGUACCUUUGGAAAGACCUAACCUUGAUGGAAGACCGAGAUGAGACGCGUUAUAUGCACUUUGCACCGAUUUAUGAAGAGACGGAGACCCAUGGUGGUGAAGAUGUUGCAGUAUAUGCGAUAGGCCCUCAAUCUCAUUUGUUCAACGGCGUUUUUGAACAAAGCUACUUAGCGCACGCUAUCUCGUGUAUUGGAAAGUUUGGUCCAAACCCCACGCUUUGUAGUAGCGCACCAGUUUCAGCUAAAUCAACCUCUGUUUUAAUCAUGGCUUUCCUUUAUAUUCUGAACCGUCUCAUUUAACAUGACAAUCAAAUGUAUCUCUCAAAAUGUGAUUAAAAUAAUAAGACUCCAGCUUUA